AUGCUUACACUUCCAGAUGAAAUUCUAGAAUUAAUCGUCCAACAAAAUAGCAAUAGUAUACGAACAUUGAUCUCAUGGUCUCUGAUCUCUUCUCAUAUACGGGAUUUGGUGUCUAAGAAAAUUGGUAUCAUUACCAUACAAGAUGGUUUAAUAUCCCAAUUCCAAAAUAUUUUAGGUUUCCAAUGUUUAAUAUCUAAAAAUUUUAAUGAUAAUCAUAAUAAUAAUAAUCAUAAUGUUAAUGUUAAUAUUAAUACCAAUAUCAAUAGUGAUAAUUAUUUUUCAAACCAUAUCCACAUUAUAUCUGAUGAUAUAAAUGAUGAAUAUAUUGUAAAUGAGGAAAUAUCACUUAGUCAUUUUAUAUCUAAUUUUAAUAAUCUUUUGAUCGUGAUUGAAACAAUAAGACCAUAUAGUGAAAAUUUGUCCAAUACAUUGACAAGGAUAGUAAAUUCAUGCCAUGAAGGUGUCAACAUUUGUGUCUUUUAUAAGACUCAUACUAAUUUCUUAAGUAAAUUAUAUUUUAAACCAUUUAGAAAUAUUUCACUUCGUAGUUCUUUGGCUGAACUAUAUAUUUUUGGUGAGAAAAAAUUCCAAUAUCCAUCUCAAGAAAACUUGAUCGAUAUUGAAACAUUAUUUACAUCUACCUACGUCGAAGAGUUAACCGCUAUAUAUUCUUUAGAUAUUAUAGAUAAUACAAUUCGGUUCUAUGCUCCUAAUUUGGUGACUAUUAAAAGAAUUAAUUAUAACGAUUCAUGCAAUAUGGAACAUUUCUUAAGAUAUUGCACUAAUAUUCAAAAUAUCGAAUACUUAAAGUUUCCUGUCCCAAAUAAAUUAAAUGAGAAAUCAACAUUUGUAUUACCUCCUUGUGCAAGAAUCACUUUAAAUGAAUUUUCCAAUAAUGUGUCUUAUCCAAGCAUUAAUGGUUCUAAAAUCACUAAAUGUUUGACAAUAAAACCAACCUUACGAUCAUCGGAUCCAAUCUUUAAAAAUCUAAGGUUCCCUCAAAUUAAUUCUUUACAUUUAUCAAUAUUGGAUUUCAAAAUUGUUGAACUCAUCAAUUGUGAUUUCAAUCAGGUUAGAAAUUUGGAUGUAGGGGGUUGUUUGAUUCCAUGGGAUGAUUUAAACUUAAAUGAUAAUACAAGAGAAGAUUCCAUUAGAUUGAAUAUUAAGAUAAGAUUAAAUGACUUACAACAACUGUCCUGGUUAAAUUCAUGUCCCUAUCGUAUCCAAAAUUUGGAUAUCAUCAGCAAUACUAUCUAUACUUUCCCAAUAAAUUUGUUUUCCAACAGUUUAUUAUGUGACCUUUUUAUAAACCAAGAUAUGGACAUAGCCAAAAAUUCUAACAAAAUCAAAAACAUUAACUUUAAUAUAGAUUCCUUAGAACAGUGUUAUUUAUUACAAGAAUUGAUGUCUGCCACAAAAACAUCUAGAUCAAAUAACAAUUUUUCAGGUCCGUCCUUUAAGAUUACUAUAGAAGCAAGUAAAUUACAACGAUCCAUUAUCAUGAAUAAAAAUAAUAAAUUUAUUCAACCAUUCGAUCUUCCUGUUUCCAUGUUAAAACAUUUAACUCUAUUAUUAUUACAAAAUGAUAAAGUCUCAGAGACUGAUCCAUUCCAAAGAAAUGAAGUUGCAACCAAUUACAAUAUGUGUUAUUUCAAUUUUAACUCUUUUGAUAAUCAUCGUGACUCAUUGCCUAUACCUGAUGAAAAGCUCCAUUCAAAUAUUUUUAAUAAUGAAAAGAUAACACCUGUAGAUACAAUAUCGCCAUCCCAAUUUAGAAAGAAUAGUCUGAUUGGACUUUCCAAUAAUGAGGCAAGAAAACAAAGUAUUAUAGCAUUUGAUUCCAUUUCCUCGAGGAUAUCAGAUGUCGCUUCAAAUAGAAGAAGAUCUUCUUUAGAUAAUUGUUCAUUAUUCUCCAAUUGGCAUUAUUUAUACAAUAAUGAAUAUGCACUUGAUGAUGCUAGUGAUCAUCACGAAUUUAUAAAUUUUAAUUUACAAGGAUCCCAAUACGUUAGUAUAAUUACUUUAGAUAUAGAUAUUUUAGAAUCCUCAGUGUUACAAUUCGAUGAUUUCCCCAAAGAUAAAAAGGCUCCAUUAUUGCAAAUAUGGUUUACUUUAAAUCUUCCAAUAUCCACAUACAAGGAACUCAUUAUUAGUUUAACUAAUAGAAUCAUUGAUUUAAUGCAUUAUCCAUAUAGUCAAAUUACUCAUUCAUUACUAUUCCAAAAGCUACAAUUAUUUAUUGAUUUCAGUGAAUCUAAGGAAGACAUGAUGUCCCCAUUAACUUUUAACGCAUUAACUAGUGAUCUAACCCAACUUUUGUCUAUGAAGGGACAUUCUGUAAAAUUUGUUCAAUAUACCUCCUCUGUGGAAGACUUAGUGGUAAAUUCUCCAUCAUUUUCUGUUUGUAUUAAACUUUAA